AUGAACCCCUCGAACUCCUUAGCUAACAAUGGCAUGGUGGAUAAAUUCUUACAUAUUCCAUAUGAUAAGAGAUGGGAAUAUCUUAAACUUGUUCUCAUCCGUAUGUAUAUUAACGAGAACAACACAUUCAAACGCAUCUCGGAGCGAAUGAAGGAGGAGUAUAGCUUCACCGCCUACCCAGAUCAAUACCGAGCGCACUUCAGGAGAUGGGGCAUAAAGAAAAGCAUAACAACUAAAGAGAAGAAUGCUGCAAUCAGUGUCCUAGGGAAGCGUCUCCGACAAGAUGGAAUCAGCACAUCUGACGUAACCAUCAGCCAAGGUGGCUCUUCAAAGAACGUAGACAAGAAGCAGCUCAAGCGGUAUAUCAAUGACACUAUCCGUCGAAGCGAUCCAUUGAUCUUGCAUCCUGGAACAUUCCUUCGGCACAACAUCCCAUACGCCGCUAGGACCCACGGCCUUGGUGAGCGGGUUACUUCUUCAACACUUAGCACUGGCCCUCAUACUCUGUCUUACAUAACUGCCAAAAGUCCAGAAGCAACGACAUCUGGCUCAAGACUCGAUAGUGCGCUAUCACCGACCAUGCAACUAGUAAAACGAAACGUGCUGUUAGACAGAUCCCGUCUCUUCUUGGAAGGCAGAGAACAAGAAUUACUGGCAGAGCUAACAGUAGAUGAACGAGACCCGCCAUCUAGCUGUCGUUCAAUUCUAGAACAGCCGACGCAACUUUGCCGAUGGAGCAUACACCACAGGCAAUCAUUUUAUGAACCACUUCCUCCCCUGCCGACAGAAAGGAAUGAAUCUGAAGAUGCGUUUGACAAUGAUGACGAGUCCACAUGGUCUGCAUGGCGCGCGAAUAGCCCCCAGAGAAGUAUCGUAGCUACGAUAACUCAAGGGCUUCAAGAGAAUCCAUUCAGUUCAAUCGACGCGGAGGAUCUCCCAUUAGCUGCAGAUGCAAUUGUAAAGGCAGUACAAAAAUCGCCCGAUGGGCUAAAAGCAGAGGCUUUUGGGUUCGCCAUAAGGUUACGAAAUAAAGAUAUCAUGGAACAAAUUAUCAAGUCCUACGGUGGAGAGCUUCCUGAGGCCUAUCCUUCUAUAUUUCCGUUUCAUGUAACAGCAAGGUACUUGGACGGUGCUAAGACUUGCUGCCUCGUAAUGAAUACACUGGUAAAUAUACUACACGGCGCCAACACGAUAAAUAUGAGAUAUGUCGACGAUUCUGGAUUUACAGUUUUGGAUACAUUAUUAGUUUCAAUUCUACGAUCGCAUAGCCAAUUACCACUCGAAAUUGUGUGCGGGAAACUUAUUCACCCGUCUCAAUACUCCGGACAGGAUGUCGAUCCUUGUGGAAUAUGGGAUGCUGACUCUCCUUGUAUCCGACAAUUGUAUGCUUCCGGGAGGCCGUCCAUUCCAAACGAGUGGAAACACAUAUUCUGCCAUACGUCGGUGCAAGCCGUAUGUCAUUCCAUAUCCGCUAUGUUCUGCGUUCCAUGGCGACCAAAAAUUAACACACCGAGCGGAUUAUUUAUACGGCGAUGUAGCUGCUGUGGGCUAGAGCUGAAACUUGGACCACUUCAUGCUUUGAUAUUAACGGCAUUCUUCCUAGCAGAUAAGGGAAUGCACGGCGAGAAUCUUUUUGGGAUGAUAUGUUGUCUUGUAUGUUUGAUAGCCUACCGGGCCGACCCCUCUUUUACCGCGGAAGUCUCGAUUCCUGAGCUAUUAGGACAUGGGUUGACAGACGAUUGUCAACAUUUCGCUUUGAUUCCGGCAGAGUUGGCAUCAAAAGUACGCUCUCAGCGUAGAGGGUUAUGGACUGAUGAAGUUCAUCGCGGAUGGGAUAUUCUCAUUUCCAUUCUACAACUAGAUCGCCAGCAAGACAAAUUCCACGACUGUGAUAGUCCGGAUCAUUUAAUGGAUAGAGGUGAACAAGGGAAAAUAAUAUAUUGUGCGAAUCCGAAGCAUGGUCAUAUGUGGGCAGCCGUACAAGCCGAGCUACUGACGUACCGCCGUCUAAGCAAAAAUGACAACUGGUUAUCUCCUAAUUUCAACACGGAGAAACUGCAAAAAGGAUUGGAAGAUAAUGAUGAAGAACUUCUCCGCGAGUUCGCCCAAAAUCCUGAUGGCAAAACUGGAGAAUCCAAGCUACAGGAGUAUUCAAACUGUUGACGUUUCCAUAAAGCUAGCAACCCGUUUCUUGCUAGAAGAGAGGAAGCAUGCAACUCAUACUAUGCAAAUCUUGAUAAUUGGGAACGAACUGCUUUCAUUGAGCCAGUGAAGGGUUUU